UAUAGAAUUCUGCCCAAUGGAGAUUUAGAGGUAACCAAAAGUUUGGAUUAUGAAAGAACUCAAAGCUAUAGUUUAACUAUCCAAACCUCUGAUGGAUUUUAUAAUGCAACAGUCAUCUACAAUGUUCAGAUAACUUCAGUUAAUGAGUUUGUACCAACUUUCUCAAACUCUUCAGUAACUCUUAGUAUUCCAGAGAAUUCCAGGCCUGGAAAUCCUGUGUAUCUAGUAAGUCUGACCAUGGUUUGAUUUUUUUCCUUGCAUUUCUUUUUACUCUUUUAUUAUGAGGACAAUUUAAUCAUUUUGAAACUGUUUACCACAUAUUUAAAUUGUAUCAGAAUUAUUAAAUAACUGUCAAGCCAUCUAUUAAAAAAUAAUUCAAAAGUACAUGUCAGAUAUUACUAUAUUGACACUAUAAAUUAAGAGUAUUCUGUCCUUAUAUCCAGGCUGAGGCUACAGACUUUGAUCUUGGUGAUGAUGGCGUUAUGAAAUAUUCCAUUGAAACUGGU